AUGUCCGAGAAACUGGCGGACAUGGGCAGCGUCAACAUCCAGGUGACGGUGCAACAGGCCACCCACGAACAGAUGGAGAAGUACAUCCGCUCGAAGGGUUCCGAGCAUUUCUUGGGUGCUGAGCUCAAGCUCACCACGCAGGGAGGGGAAGAGCUCAAAGGUGAGCUUUACUGUGUCCAAGAGACGGACAGCAGCUGCAUUUUGCGGCAACUGCUGCAAGACGGGUGCGCCAACUACUUCUGGCUCAAAUGGCACCUUGGAAGGAAAAUACACCAUCACACAGUGAGCAACUGUGAGUGUACACUGUGA